AUGUCAAAUUUUGUAGCUCCAGAAGUCAAAAAAUUUGUGUCUUGGGACUAUGUUGUUUUUGCAGGGCUGUUUUUAGUCUGUGCUAGCAUUGGAGUCUUUUUUGCAGUUAAAGAGAGAAAAAAGAAAACUUCAAAGGAAUUUUUGGUAGGUGGUAAGCAGAUGACAUGUGGACCAAUAGCCUUCUCUCUCACAUCAAGCUUCAUGUCAGCAGUGACUGUUUUGGGGACACCCUCCGAAGUCUAUCGCUAUGGGGCAUCCUUUGUGCUCUUCUUUCUUUCAUAUGCACUUGUCAUCAUUUUUACUGCAGAACUCUUUCUACCUGUAUUUUAUAGAUCUGGCAUUACAAGCACUUAUGAGUAUUUGGAGUUAAGGUUUAACAAGAUCGUCCGUCUUGCUGCAACGCUGAUCUACAUCCUGCAGACGAUCCUUUACACAGGAAUAGUGGUUUAUGCUCCAUCACUGGCACUCAACCAAGUCACUGGAUUUGAUCUCUGGGGCUCUGUCUUUGCAACGGGAAUCGUCUGUACUUUCUAUUGCACUCUGGGUGGAUUAAAAGCUGUUGUCUGGACAGAUGCAUUUCAAAUGAUUGUCAUGGUGGUUGGCUUCACGACAGUUUUGAUUCGAGGAACCACUCUGAAUGGUGGAUCAGCCAAGGUCUGGGAAGUUGCCUAUGAAGGAGCACGAUUAAAUGUAUUUGACUUUGAUGUCGAUCCCUUGAGACGACAUACCUUCUGGACAAUUGUUAUUGGGGGAACAUUUACGUGGCUAGGGCUUUAUGGAGUUAAUCAGUCCACAAUCCAGAGAUGCAUUUCUUGCAAGUCAGAAAAGCAUGCUAAACUGGCACUUUACCUCAACUUACUGGGACUGUGGACAGUCCUCGCGUGUGCAGUGUUUUGUGGCUUGGUGAUGUACUCUCAUUACAAGAGCUGUGACCCUUGGACUGCUGAGUUCAUUUCAGCACCUGAUCAGCUCAUGCCGUAUUUUGUUAUGGACAUUUUUUCCUCGAUGCCAGGAGUCCCAGGUCUGUUUGUUGCCUGUGCAUUCAGUGGAACGCUAAGCACGGUAGCUGCCAGCAUCAAUGCUUUAGCAACUGUUACAUUUGAAGACUUGGUCAAGAAAGGUUUCCCAAACCUCUCAGAGAAGAUGAGCACAUGGAUCAGCAAAGGCUUAUGUGUAUUAUACGGUGUGCUGUGCACUUCAAUGGCUGCAGCAGCAUCGCUGAUGGGAGGAGUUGUGCAGGCUUCCCUCUCCAUCCACGGUAUGUGCGGGGGGCCCAUGCUGGGAUUAUUUACUCUGGGAAUUGUGUUUCCUUGUGCUAACUGGAAGGGUGCUAUGGGAGGCCUCUUAGCUGGGAUUACCAUAGCUUUUUGGGCUGGUACUGGUGCUUUCAUUUACCCUGCUCCACCGACAAAGUCCAUUCCUCUGCAACUGCUGACUCUCAACUGCACCCUAGCUAACAGCACCGAGGCACUGAUUACAGCGGCGGCAGCUCCCACAGCAGCUCCAGACAGACCUUUGCUGGCAGAUACUUGGUACUCCCUGUCCUACCUGUACUUCAGUGCCAUAGGCUGCCUAGGUUGUGCCAUCACAGGGCUGUUGAUAAGCUUUCUAACAGGACCUAACAAAGGAGAAGAUAUCCCACCGGUGUUAAUCCAGCCAGUCUGCAACCUCUUGUGCUUUUGGUCUGGCAGACUCAAAGCUCUCCUCUGGUGCGGCGUGCUGCACGACAGCAGGGAGGUGGACUUGGAAAAAAGUCUGCCGAAAGUUACUGCAAAUCAAACUGGAACCGGUGACACCUUCAAGAAUAGCAUCAAACGCCAGUUCCCUGGUUACAAUCCUGAGGAGAAAUUGUGUACUAAUAUGAGCAGAGAAUCUCGCCUCUAG